AUGUCAGAGCCGCUGGAUGUGGUGCUGCCUAAGAAAGACUUCACCUAUGUUGCGGGGAAGACAGACAGGCCGUGGGAGCACUUCACUGGCAGAUGGGAGGCGAUCAAACCGAUCUUGGCAGAAAUGCUUGCUGCAUCCAGCAAAACAAGAAUGGCGGGAUUUUUGUCUGACCCGAGUCUGGGGCCUGUCAGUGCAUGUGAGAACAUCUCAGGCACUUUGCAAGCUCCAGCAAUCUAUGCUAUGCAAGAUAUAGGCCCUACAGGCCCUUUGCCUCCAGAAAAAUCAGAUGUGGCGCUGGCAUUGAAAGCAGCGCCAACAGCAAGGGGCCCAAGGAAUUUCUGA